AUGACCAGUAAGAAAGCGUGUAACUUGUGGAUUGUUGACAGUGGUGCCUUUAACCAUAUGACAGGAAUGAUAGAUAACUUGCGGGAGAGCCGAGCUUUGCAAGGGUGCCCUGUGGGACUGCCAAAUAGUGAACCAAUGAUGGACCACAUUUUGAGGACGUUGAUAGGAGCGGGUGAACGAAAAGAUGGACUCUAUUGGUUUCAUGGUGUGACUGACAUAAAGGCUUAUCAGAUCAAUACAGAAAAUUGUGAGAAAAAAGUAGAUGCUUGCAAGCAGAAAAUAGAGGAAGCUAGAUCUGAGACUGUUGCUGACGCGGAACUGGACCUUCUGCAGAGAGAACUGGAGGAAGAACUUGAAAAAGAAUGUUUGUUGAAAGAAGAGUUUAGAGCCAUUGGCGAUGAGUUUAAUGAUCUAGAACAACAGUGGAUUUCUGUCCAAGAGCAAAAGAAGACCUUGCAGAAAAUUGAGAAGACUAAGCUAAGGGCACAAACCUGAAUAUUAUUUCAAGGGGUUCUUUAUUCCAACACUAACAAUGCUCGGCAAACUUGAAGUUUGGCAAUAUUUUCCGAGGAAGAAGACUCCUGAAGAAAUUAUGAUGGCCAAAGCUUCCGUUGCACUAUAUACGGCCAGAAUCUUCGCUUUAAAGGUGCAGAUUGAAUAUCUCAGAGUAAUGAGAGACAACGAAGC